GUACGAUUCUUGUCAUUACUUGGCCUACUCUCACGUCCCUACUCUUUAUAAAUACCACAUCUUCCUCACUCAAACUCAUUAUACUUAAUAAUAGCUAGCAGCCAUGGAACAACAACAGAUCUUGUUCUACACAUUUCUCUCCUUUAUCUCAAUCCUCUUCACUAUCAAGUUCUUGCUCCAAGAAAAACGACGACGUUACAAAAACCUCACACCAAGCCCACUCUCUCUCCCAAUCCUCGGCCAUCUCCAUCUCCUAAAGAUCCCCAUCCAUCGAACCCUCCAACGCCUCUCACAAAAUCACGGCCCCGUAAUCUCUCUCUGGUUCGGCUCACAGCGUGUGGUCAUAGUAUCAUCCUCGUCCGCAGCCCAAGAAUGCUUCACCAAAAAUGACGUCGUCUUAGCCAACCGUCCUAGCAUGCUUAUAGGCAAGCACCUAGCCUACAACAACACCACCACCGCCACGUCCCAAUACGGUGACCACUGGCGCAACCUCCGCCGCAUUGGGUCCACCGAGAUCUUCUCAACCUCUCGGUUAAACGCAUUCUUGAACGUCAGAGAGGACGAAGUCAAACACUUGCUGCUUAAACUUUCAGAAAACGUACAUGAUGAUUUUGCGAAGGUGGAGCUCAAGUCUAUGUUUUAUGAGCUGACAUUCAACAUCAUAAUGAGAAUGGUGGCCGGGAAGAGGUACUACGGGGAGGAUGCAUCGGUGGACAAAGAGGAGGCGAGGCAGUUCAGAGAGAUCAUGAAGGAGGUUUUUGCUUAUACUGGGGUAGCGAACCCGGUUGACUUCUUGCCCGUUUUGAAUUGGGUUGGGAGUGAACGUGGGUAUGAGAAGAAGGUGAUGAAGCUGGCUAGGAAGACGGAUGCGUUCAUGCAAGGUCUCAUUGAUGAACACAGGAGCAAGGAUAAAAAUGGUAGCACAAUGAUUGACCAUUUGCUUUCUCUACAGGACUCACAACCUGAGUAUUACAGUGACCAAAUUAUCAAGGGGCUUAUUCUGGACAUGGUGCUGGCGGGUACUGACACAUCAUCAGUGACACUAGAAUGGGCCAUGUCGAAUUUGUUUAACCAUCCGGACGUGCUAAAAAGAGCAAGAGCUGAACUGGAUGCUCAAUUAGGCCAAGAACGCUUGGUGAAGGAACAUGAUAUCUCUAAACUGCCCUAUCUUCAAAGUAUCAUCUCAGAGACUCUUCGAUUGUACCCAGCGGCCCCAAUACUACUGCCACAUUUUUCAACAGAUGAUUGCGCUAUUGGGGGAUACAAAGUGCCACGCGGUACCAUGGUAUUGGUCAAUGCAUGGGCUAUACAUAGAGAUCCAAAGUUGUGGGAUGAUCCUCAAAGCUUCAUACCCGAGAGGUUUGGGAGUGGUUAUGAUUUGUCAAGCCAACUCAUGCCAUUUGGAUUGGGAAGAAGGUCUUGUCCAGGAUCGGGCCUUGCCCAACGUACGCUGGGCUUGACGUUGGGAUCAUUGAUACAAUGCUUUGACUGGGCGAGAAUUAGUGAGAAGGAAAUUGAUAUGACAGAAGGUAAAGGCUUCACAAUGCCUAAAGUUAUGCCAUUAGAGGUCAUGUGUAAAGCACGCCCGAUUAUCAACAAGGUUCUGAUUGUUUGAUCUAGAAGAACUAGUAAUAAUAUCCACCUUUGCGAAGCAUUAUCAUUUUGGGAAUUAUUUCAGUUGUAUGUUUUAGGUCAU